GGGAGAGCGGAUAUAGUGAAUGCAGGGCCCGGGGAGAGUGGAUAUAGCGAAUGAGGGUUCCGGGGAGAGUGGAUAUAGUGAAUGCGGGUGGCUAUAGUGAAUGCGGGGUCCGGGGAGAGUGGAUAUAGUGAAUGCGGAGUCCGGGGAGAGCGGAUAUAGUGAAUGCAAGGUCCGGGGGAGAGCGGAUAUAGUGAAUGCGGGGUCCGGGGAGACCAGAUAUAGUGAAUGCAAGGUCCGGGGAGAGCGGAUAUAGUGAAUGCGGGGUCCGGGGAGAGUGGAUAUAGGGAAUGCGGGGUCCGGGGAGAGCAGAUAUAGUGAAUGGGGGUUCAGGGAGAGCGGAUAUAGUGAAUGAGGGUCUGGAG